CUUCCGGCAAAAUACCGUCCUUUUCCGGUUUGAGGCCACAUAGUAUGGCUGCCAUAAGAUAAGGGGGAUAGGAAAAUCCGAAUUAAUCCUCGAUAGAAUCAUUAAUCAUGGCUCAAGAACAGAUGACAUUGAGAGGGACCCUUACCGGUCAUUCCGGUUGGGUCACCCAAAUUGCUACCAACCCUGGAUUUCCAGACACACUCCUGUCUGCAUCUAGAGAUAAGACUCUAAUUUUGUGGAAGCUAACUAAGGAUGAAACCAACUAUGGUAUUGCCCACAAGAGUUUAGAGGGACACAGUCAUUUUGUUAGUGAUGUUGUUCUUUCUUCUGAUGGACAAUUUGCCCUGUCUUCAUCAUGGGACUCUGAACUUAGAUUGUGGGAUUUAAUGGAAGCUAAAUCCUCUCGACGUUUUGUUGGACAUGAGAAAGAUGUCUUGAGUGUUGCCUUCUCUGCUGAUAAUAGACAGAUUGUAUCUGCCUCAAGAGACAAGACCAUUAAACUGUGGAAUACCCUUGGUGUAUGUAAAUACACUGUACAAGAAGAUUGCCACAAAGACUGGGUUUCAUGUGUUAGAUUCUCGCCAAAUUCUAACAACCCCAUUAUUGUAUCUUGUGGAUGGGAUAGAGUUGUCAAAGUGUGGAAUUUGACCAACUGUAAGCUUAAAACUAACCAUAAAGGACAUAAACAAUAUUUGAAUGUAGUAACUGUAUCACCUGAUGGUUCAUUAUGUGCCUCUGGUGGAAGGGAUUCUCAAGCUAUGUUAUGGGAUUUGAAUGAAGGUAAACAUCUGUAUACAUUGGAUGGUGGUGAUUGUAUCAAUACUAUGACAUUUAGUCCAAACCGAUACUGGCUCUGUGCUGCUACUGGCCCCAGCAUCAAAAUUUGGGAUUUGGAGGGAAAAAUCAUUGUUGAUGAAUUGAAACCAGAACUGAUAUCUGGACAAGGAGGAAUUCCCCAGUGUUUGUCAUUGGCCUGGUCUCCAGAAGGACAAACUUUAUUCGCUGGAUAUUCUGAUAAUGUAAUUAGAGUCUGGCAAGUGUCUCUUACUGCAAGAGCGUAAAAUAAAUGAAUGUAAGUCAUUCAAUAAAAAAAAUGUAAUUUAAAA